AAGGUCCUCCACGUCUUAUGGUCUCAUCCUCCUUGUCCAAUAAUUCGCCGCACUUCUCGAUAAUUGCUCACCAUGUCUUCAGACCUGAAACCCGCCGCGCUCUCCCGCCCGCCGCUGAAUUCAAUCCCGCCCCAUCUCCGCGCACGCUUUGAUCCCGAGUUCGUGCGGUAUCAUGAAGCAUACGCGGUAGGCCGCCUGCACACGCAUCAGGUCCCCAUUGCCGACUUCCGUGCCAAUCCUCGCAACUACAUCACCAGCUUCGGCAAAGCAAUUGCCGACGACACGAAUGUUGGACGGAUAAGCGACAUCGAUUGCCCUGUGGACAACGGGGAGAACCACAUCAAGAUACGAGUGUACGAGCCAAAAGACGGUGCGUCCAGGGACGCGGCCAAAGGAGGACGGCCAGUGUACGUGAACUACCAUGGCGGAGGGUGGGUCUUUGGCGACAUCGAUACCGACACGGAGCACUGCAAGCGCAUCGUCAACGGCACGGGCGCCGUAGUCUUCGAUGUUGAAUACCGCUGCGCGCCCGAGCAUCCGUUUCCUACUCCGGUAGACGACGCGUGGGCUGGUUUUCUGCACGUCGUGAAGACGCAGGCUGGGCCCUUCAACCUCGAUACGUCGCGAGUUGCAGUCGGCGGUCCAUCCGCAGGCGGGCAUCUCAGCGCCGUCGUAGCUCAGCGGGCACGCGAUGCAGGGAUACCGAUCGUGUUACAGCAGCUGCACGUGCCUGUGUGCGACAUGGAUCAUUUCGACGAGCAAGGCCGCGUGAAGAAGGAAGAAGCGCCGUACGAGAGCUAUCGCGAGAUGUACGACACAGUUACGCUGAGCGGGGAGCGCAUGGAGUAUUUCGCGCGACACUAUCUAGGCGUGCCGCGAGAGAAGAGCACGUACAAUAAUCCUGCAGUAUCGCCUAUCCGCGCGGCGUCGCUCGCGAAUCUCGCACCUGCGUUGGUCGUCACAGCCGAGUUGGAUCCACUUAGAGAUGAGGGAUAUGCGUACUACGAGAAACUGAAGGCCGCAGGCAACGACGCCGAGUACCAUAUGCUGCCCGGUCUGCCGCAUACAGCAGCAAUCCUGGACGAUAUCUGUGAGGGAGGCAAGAGGUGGAACGAAAUGGUGCUGUCGUCGCUGAACAAGGCCUACGGCAUAUCGUGACCUCCACGUCUGCGGUACAGAGCAGUCCAUAUCCCAAGAAUCAAUAUUUCUCCCCAUGACGGUAUCCUUUUGCAAUGGCGGCUGUGAGUUGAACUUUUAACAUAGCAAGCUAUACGUUGUGCGCUCUAAUUCGCAAGCUUCACAUCGCGAGCC